CUCAGAAUGAAAUCAUGCGCCCUGUGUUUCACUGGCGGGGCUGCAUUAGUGAGGCACCGCCGCCUGUUCGGGCGUGUUACCCAAUACAAUAGCAUGAGAAGGAUUUAUUUUUAACAGAUUGUUGUCACUGCAGAGACGCACACAGGCAGAUAUAGACACGGAUCUGCAGAUCAUGGCUGUAGAUCCACAGCGAACCACACUUGAUACGAUUAGUGCUGUCAAGGAUGUGAUAAAAAAGGCCCGUGCUAGGGUUACAUGCAUGCUAAUCAACGAGCCGUACCUUGAUUUAAGAGAAUGGGUAACGUGUUGGCAGCUGGUUCCCCCAGCCCCGCCGUGGGCUCCCCUGCAGCUGGACCGGGCCUGGUAUCGGUACCGCCGGGCUUCACCAUGCCCCAGGUCUCCCCCGUCAGCACCCCGGCAGAGCCCAACGCCAGCGAGGGACGGCUGCCCAACCCAGGCCCCUUCGAGGAGUGCCACCGAAAAUGCAAAGAGGUGUUUCCCACACCGAUGGAAGGGGUCAAGCUGAUCGUCAACAAAGGGCUCAGCAAUAACUUCCAGGUGAAUCACACGGUCUCGCUCAGCACCCUGGGGGAGUCCAACUACCACUUCGGAGCCACGUACGUGGGCACGAAGCAGCUGAGCCCCACCGAGGCUUUUCCAGUGAUGGUCGGAGACAUGGACAAUAGUGGCAGUUUGAACGCGCAGAUUAUUCACCAGCUAACGAGGAAGCUGCGCUCCAAACUUGCAUUCCAGACCCAGCAGUCCAAGUUUGUGAACUGGCAGGUUGAUGGCGAGUACAGAGGAGAGGACUUUACUGCUGCGGUGACACUGGGGAACCCUGACAUCAUCGUCGGGUCAGGUAUCCUGGUGGCUCACUACCUCCAGAGCAUCACCCCUGCGCUGGCUCUGGGAGGGGAGCUGGUGUAUCACCGGCGGCCGGGGGAGGAGGGCACCGUCAUGUCCCUGGCAGGGAGGUAUACAGGCAGUAACUGGAUCGCUACGCUAACAUUAGGACAGGCAGGAGCCCACGCCACUUAUUACCACAAAGCUAAUGACCAGUUGCAGGUAGGGGUGGAGUUUGAAGCCAGCACACGAAUGCAGGACACCAGCGUAUCUUUUGGCUACCAGCUGGACCUGCCCAAAGCCAACCUGCUCUUCAAAGGGUCUCUGGACAGUAACUGGAUUGUAGGAGCUACCCUGGAGAAGAAACUGCUCCCUCUGCCUCUCACCCUGGCGCUGGGGGCGCUGCUGAAUCACAAGAAGAACAAGUUCCAGUGCGGGUUCGGACUCACCAUCGGAUAAACACUGGACACAGAGACGGACAGAGAGACU